AUGAGUCUACAAGUGGACGUUUAUGUCGCCCCUCCUAUCCGGGCCGAAACUGGCUCUGAAGAUCCUUCCAAGCAAUGGUGGUCGCCCAUCUCCUGUACAUUGAUUCAAGGACCUACAUCCGCGGUGCUGGUUGAUACGCCAAUCUCGGUUCAGCAGUCAGAAGAUUUGGCCGCCUGGAUCAAGACCACAGCCCCCGGAAAGAAUCUCCGAUAUAUUUUCACCACUCACGCUCACUGUGAUCACUUUUUUGGCAAUCCGGUGAUUCGAAAGCAUUUCCCAAGUGUUGUGUGUGUUGCUACUUCCCGCGUUGUUCAGGGAAUUGAACGAACAUUAGCCACUUCGAUUCCCCGGUGGACGGGAUGGUUUCCGGGCGGCCAGUUCCAGGCUGAAGAACAGAUUAUCCCAGAGGCAUUGCCAGAGAGUGGAGAGUUCUCGAUUGACGGCCAUAGUCUCUUUGGUGUGCCCGUUAAACAUUCUGAUACAGAGGCUUCAUCCUUCCUGCAUGUGCCAGUCCUUCGACUCGUCGUCGCCGGGGACAUCGUGUAUGGUGACUGCUUUCAGUUCCUAGCAGAGGCCCGUACAGCUGAGAAGCGCCAGGACUGGCUGCAAGCACUCGACCAAAUCGAUGCCUUGAAACCAAGUAUCGUGGUUCCAGGGCACAAGAGGGCUUCGCAAGCAGACGGUCCUUAUUUGAUUGAGGCCACUAGGCAGUAUAUUCUGGCGUUUGAAGAAAAAGUGAACCAGCUGCGCGAUGCCGAUAGGGUUGAGGAGGCGAUGAAGAAGCGUUACCCACAGCGGUGGAAUAGAUAUCUUUUGCAAGUCAGUUGCGCAAGUUCUGUGAGCGCGCUCUGA